UUUAUCAAAGUUUUGUUUUUUUCAUUAUGUUUUCUGAGUAGCACGUGACUUUUCGAAACCUGUCAACAAGCAAUCUGAGAGUGUUUCACAAGAUUGUGGUUUCACUGGAUGUAGGAAAUGUGUUCAAAUAGGAAUCAGAGGAAGUAAAACGAACUUCACUUGGUAACUUUCUUUAGUCUUCCGAAAUGAACGACCUCGCAACUAGCAUGACGGAUUGUUCCUCAUUUAAAUAUUACCGACCAUUUUCUGGAUACUUGGAUAAUAAUUUCUCUCUUGGUUCGAAGUCCAAAACGCAACUCUUAGAGGAAUAUAACAGCCUCGACGAAGUAGGUGCUCGCCAUUUCUAUUUUGAAGUUUUGAAAGAAAUUAAAAAUUCCAUAUUCAGUGACAGACUAGAGAUAUUUCAACUUUUAAAUGAAAUAUUGAACCAUUUAAACGAAACUUUAGAUUCCGAACUGAUUAAGACGUGGCAACAAGAUGCUCAUAAAUUAAACGGAAAUUUAAAUUUGAUAAUUUUUGCCUGUAAAUGGGCUUCGAUGAAAAUUAUAGAGUAUUUACUUUCAAAUGAAAAUAAUUUUUAUAAAUUGCCAUUUUUAACUGGAAAAGAUGAUCUUUCUCCCGAUGAAGAAGACGAAGAAUGUCACAAUGCCUUCUACUAUGCCAUCCGCUCUAAUGUGGAAAGAAUUCUUCAAAUUCUUAUUGAGAAAUGGCCGAAUGCUUAUUUCGAAGAAAAUUUCGGUAGACUGGACGAUAUUCUUUCCAAAGCAUAUGAUGAUCUAAUCUUAAGAAAUGUGUAUAUAUGUAAAAAUAUGGAAAUAUUCGUUAAAGAUAAAUUAGUAGACUUACGAUUUUUCCAAGAAAAAAGCUCCAAUAAAACGCAAAAAAUGCCAAAAGGCAAAGCUAGUAAUGAUACCCAAAAGUUUAAAGAUUUAGUGUCUAAUCGAAUAGAUUUUAUUUCAGAAAGAAUUGAUAAUAUUAAGGAAAGUUUUUGGGACUCAGAACCUGACGAAGCAUUUAUACUUUCUGCUAAGUACAUCGUGAAAAAUCUUUUUACCUUGAAAUCCAGCUUCGUAUUCGUUAAUAAAUUACCUUGGGAAGAAAUCGAAUUCUGUUUGAUUAUCUUUAUCCAUUGUUGCUCGAAUCACUUUCAGAAAGAUCCCUUAUAUCAUUUUGUUCUCAAUAAAAGACGGAUUCUCUCUUACUUGUCACAUUUUUCGAAGUUACUAAAAACAGUGAAAGAGCAAAUAAAAAAAGCUAACGUUAAUAAAACUGGAAAAAUAGUUAUAAAAGAAAUCGACAGCAUUGAUGGCAACGAAGAUUUUAAGGAAUUGUACAGCGAUUUUGCUCAAGUCAGAGAUUUGUAUUCCAUCGAGACAAUAAGAAGCUCCAUAGAACUGGCCAUAUCCGCUGACGCGACCACAAAAAAUGGCCAACUCGUCAUUGUCAGAGUUCUUCAAGUCAUCGGUGAGCACUUUAAAUUCUCUAAAGACUCACCGAAACUGACAGAGGCAACUUCUGAACUUUUAUUGGCUGCUUUUCCAGGUAAUAUUAAAGACAUUAUCACACGUUUGAGAGAUAGUUUGUCACAUUCCGAAUCAAUUUCUAUGAGAUCUGAGAUUGAAAAGAAUACUCCCAGUUUCUUUGCUCAUUUGCAGAAAGACAUUGCCAAAAUGAAAGUAACAAUGAUCGAAAUUCGUCGAAGAACUGCAAUAUUGAUCAUUCGAACUGUGCUGGACAGAAUAGUGCGUUGCGGGAAUCAUAGUGAAAUGAAAGAGUUCGUAAGUCAAAAUCACAUCUGUGAGAAAUUUCUCCGAAAAGAACUAGAAGAAACUAAUAACUUGAUGAUAAAUGACAUGAAUGAAUUGGAACAAUUAAUUUCAAAUUUGGAAAAGGAAAUUGAUAAAGAACUAAACAAAUCAAAAGAACUUUUUAGUGAUGUCCACGACAUAAUCCAUGGCAAAAGUGUUGAAGAACCAAGAUAUUAUUCAAGACUGACAGAACUUUUUGAAUCUGCCAUCCCAGGCGAUAAAGAAGGAUAUAGGAGUCAUCUUUUACAUUCGUACUUUGUCACUCCCUCUUCUGAAAUGGCAGCAUUUGCUCAAGAUUUAACGAAAGUGAGAAUGAAUUACGGAAAAUUCAAUCAAAUAUUGCGUGGUAUCGUUUUGAGAAACCAGCUGGGGACACUAGCUGACGCAAAUGAAAAUUUUGUAACAGAGGAAGAUAUAGGACAAUUUACUGAGCUAAUUUCAGUUCUAGAAAAAAUAACCGAUGAGAAAUCAAGAAAUGAAACAGCCGUUCUUCAACAAAUUCAGAAUUUGAUCCAAAUGGAAAAGACAAGAUUAAAAGAGGUAGGGAGAGUUUUUAAUCAAGUGAUCUCCAGCUUCUUGGAAAUCCUUUUGAAGAAAGGAAAUGAAAGAACUGUCGUAGCUACAAAUAGAUUCGUUCAUCAAAUUCAGAGCAAAUUAGCAGUACUCACUGUGUCAUUGGGUUUCAAAUCUUUUUCUAGAGAAUUAAAUUCAAUUGCAAACCAGAUUCUCCUAGAUGGAGAAUUUGUAAGAGAAGCAGGUGUCAUAAGAGCUCUUGCCGAUAUCUCCAAUUUCUUACAAUUCCACAUGGGAAACAUUAAAUGGAUUAAAGAUUUCAGACAUAUGCUUCAAAGUGAUAAGAAACAAGAACCUGGAAAAAACAAAAAGUCGUCUGAUCUGGACGACGAUACUGAAAUUCAUCUUAAGAACGCACUGAAGUUAUUGGAAAAUUCAAUGUGUGAUUAUCAUUUGAAUGAAUUAAAUCCUGCAGAGAUAGAGAAUUGCGAGAAAAAUCCGGAGAUGCGGUUUCUGAUUGAGAUGCUAGUAUUAGACGUUCUGUCUGUUCUUGAAUAUAAUUUCUUAAGUCAUGAUCCAUAUUUCCUAGAUAGUGAUUUUCCUAUAUUAAAUGGUAGAAAUCUACGCAAUCAUUUAGCUCACGGGAAUGUUUUAGUGAGCGUUGUCUUAGGGGAUGAUUUUACAAAUGUUUUGCUAAAUGCGAAGAAGCUGCUUUCCAAAAAAGACAUUUUUCGUGAUAAAUUAAUUGGGAAGAAAACCGAAAAUAACCCAUUUAAAUCUAAGGAAUCACUCAAUAGAUAUUUAUCAGUUAUAAAGCAACAAAACAGUUUAUCUGUUGCUUUGGCCAAAGGCAACAUUGAUGAUGUGAUAUGUUGCAUUAAGGAAGGUGCAGAUCUUUGUGGAAAAAGCACUGAUCUAUCAAAUUCCUUGCAUUUUGCAGCAAAAGGGAUGAAUCUGGAAUUGAUAAAGUUUCUUCUAAAGUUUUUCCCGAAUAUCAGUGAGUGUGACGCAAAUAAUCAAACAUUUUUGCAUGUUGCUGCAGCUAACGGGACAUUAAAUAUAGUGGAAUAUGUUUUAAAAGAAAAGAUCAUAUAUGUUGAUAGUCAAGAUAUCGAUGGAAAAACUCCACUUCACCUUGCAUCUGAAAACGGCCACAUCGAUGUUGUGCAGUAUUUGCUGGAACACGAGGCUAAAACAACUUUGAGGACAAUUAAUGGACUUACUCCACUCCACCUUGCGGUUUUAGAAAAUCAUUAUGAUGUAGUUUUAACUCUCCUGGAAAAGGAAGAACACGUUGAUGCCACCCAAGCCUUCUAUGGUGUCACAGUUCUGCAUCUAGCCGCAGGAAGAGGACACUUGAAAUUAGUUGAGGCAUUUAUAGAAAGAGGGGCCGAUGUCAAUUUUUAUUCGGAUAUGCAUCUCACACCCUUGCACUAUGCUGCAAGAGGAGGCCAUAAGGAUGUCGUGGAGUUCUUAAUAGCGAAUAAGUCAAUGCGACAAGCGUAAAUGGUUUGACACCGCUGCAUUGGGCUGUAGAAGAAGAAAAAGAAGAAAUAGUAACUAUUUUGUUGCAAAAUGGAGCCUGGGUCAAUUCGGUUUUCGUGAGAAGUCUGACUCCUCUAUCUAUGGCAGCGAAAGU